GGAGAGGGUGCAGCUUUUCAGAUUUAAAAAAAUAAUGUGAAUUUAAUGCUCAUGGAAGGUGAUGGAUUGAUGGCCCUGGAGAAUGGAAGGACUGUAUCCUAUGAACAGGAUAAGCAUGCAAGUUUCCUCAAAUGUUACUCUGUGCCUGUCAAAAUCCCUUACCUUUAACUUGAAGAGAGCAUCUCUUCAAGUAACAUUGUAGUCUAGUUUGCAUGCCAAUACAGUGUUCUCUGCUACUGAACAUAUCAGCUGUGGUGGGAUACCACUGAGGUGGAUGCCUAGUGACUGGGAAAUGGACGGAGACCACCAAAUUAAUGUAACAUACCUUCCAGUGUCAUUUGGCAACGUAACAGCUUUCAGUAAUAACUCACCUGUUUUAGAUUUAUUUUGUACUGGUGAUGUAGGCACUCUAGGACGCUUGCCAAAUGCUUUUCAGGUUUUAUUUGCUCCAUGUGGAUAUUCACGAGCCAUUGAAAUAUAUAGUGUGACUAGACAUGGAAUGAUGGUAGGAUACAAUUAUUAUUUAUUGAGCUCCAGACAUAAUGCACAAGUUACUUUCAAUCUAAAUCUGAUGCAGGUAGAAGAGUUUAGACAAACAAUAAACUGGCAGAAGAUAAAGGCUGUGCUGUAAGGCAAAACAGAACUCUAAACAGCCAGACCCUCUUAGCCUUUUCAAAAAUUAGGUUUAUUAAAUUAGAACUCAGAAAACAAAGAGACGGCUCCUAUUUGUAAUAGACUUUCUUAUUUUCCUCACCUUGCAACACAGUCUCACCCCCACAAAGUACUCAUGUGCUUCACCCACAGAACUAUAUGCAAGAAUGUGUAUUUCCUUUUUAAUUUGGCCUGAAUUUUCUCUCUAACCUAGUUAGAGAAAAAAAUCCCCAAAGAGCUCUGCUGCCUAUGACAACAGCAUGGGGCAGGUUAACUUUAAAAAGUAGCUGGCACAAUGGAACUGCUGAGGGAAAACCCCAUGAUGAAAAAUGGAACACACCCAAAGGUGAAUUCCCUGAGGUCUCCAGCUGGCAUUAUAAGCAGGCUGUCUGGAGCCAAAGUCAGCAGAUCAGAGCAGCCAGUUUUCUGAUACAUUUGAAGUGUAGACUAUAGUAAAACGUUACCGAACUGAAAAUGACCAACUUUAUCAGCAGAAGCUUGAUCCUGGCUUCUUUGAUGGGGCUGCUGCUGUUGUACCUGUCUGGCACUUCUGAAGCACAAAACAAUCAAGAUUGCUGCCUCUCUUACUCCGCAGUACGGCUGCCUCGAGGAGUCAUAAAGGGCUACACAGAACAGCUAUCCAGUGAAGUCUGCGACAUCAAUGCUAUCAUUUUUCACACAAAGAAUGGAAUGAAAGCUUGUGCAAAUCCAGAAGACCGCUGGGUGAAGAAGCAUCUUCUUUGGCUGAGCCAUAAACUCAAGAAGAUGUCACUGUAAUGUGGGUUUUGAAAUGGAACCAGACACAGAGGUGGCUGCAGAACCUAAACUAGGUUGGAAUCAUCUCUUUGUACACGAUGUGUGCUUACUGACCAUUAUUCCUGGCUUCUUUGGAACCACUGAAUUACUGAAGUUGAUUCAUAUUGCAUCAUUUGUUUGCUUGACUUAAGCAUUUUGUUAAAGUUGCUUUUCUUUGCUAAUAUACAAUAUUUGAUUACUGUGUAAAGAAGAAAACUGUUUUAAACUAUUAUACAAAAUAUGUGCCCUAUUGGGUUUAGAGCAUUUGGAUGUCAUUUGUGCUAUUUAGCAUAAGUAAAAUUGAUAAUUUAUUCUAUUUAUUGUUACAUCAUAGGCAUUUUUUGUGCCAAAAGCUGUUCCCUUUUAAUUCUAAGUAAUAUGAUCAAGAACAAAUGGAUUAAAUAUUUUUAGACUACUGUAAAAACAUGUGCUUGAGAGAAAGUGGAGUCUGUGGAAACUUUAAAAAUUACAUUAAAAAUCCAAAAUGA